GGGAUUUUUAUCUUACGAUAUGUUUUAAUCGAACGUUUCAUUUUUAAAACUUAUAUAAGUUGCAAGCUCUACAAUACGCAGAAGAAGUUCCAGAGAAUUCAUCAAUUUCAUGUACUGUACGUGGUUGAAUUUUCACACCUUAUUGUGCAGUAAAUAGUUUUCUUUCUGGAAACUUUGAUUUUGAUAACAUACUCAACAUAUUUUUCUACUAUACCGUUACGUUGCGUAAUACACACCUAAUGUCAUUGAGUCAAAUCAAUGCCAUGUAAUUAUAUGUUUCCUGUUGGUUUUAAUUCUUUUCUCAAGCGAAAUGAAGCAUGAAAUUCUAAGAAGAGUAGUUUCUGUCGCAUUAUCUCGCGUUGGUUACAACGUAGGAUGCUAUCCUCAAAUACACGUCGCAAUUCUUUUUAUAUUUUCGCUAAUAUUAGCAACAGGAAUAUUACGUGCAUCAUCUACAAAGGAUGCAGAAUACCUUUAUGCACCAACCGAUGCAAGAAGUAAAGUAGAUAGAGCAGCAAUCGAAUCGAUGUUUCCCAUAAACACGUCACAAUGUGAUUAUAGAAGACUAUCCAGAAUGGAAGGAGCCGCAGCAAUACAGAUAACGUCAAAAUAUGAAACUUCCAUACUAGAAGAAUCAAUAAUUGAAGAGGUCAUCAAACUUGACGAAAUCGUUAGAAAUGUCAGUUUUCUAUGGAAUAACGCAUUCGUUCGUUACGAAGAUUUAUGUUGUAAGGUGGACGGAAACACUUGCCACGAGAAUUUUGUUCUGUCAUUGAAAGGAAAGACAAAUGACAUUAAAAGAGGAAUAUACAAAAUCAAAUAUCCACACGAUAGAAUUAAUGGCAAAUUAAUAAUUUCCGGUAUCGAAUUCGGAGGUGUCACAAUAGACGAGGAAAAUUUGAUUCGAGAUUCCAAGGCAAUUAGACUGUAUUAUCCACUGCACCAUGCCACAGAAGAAACGAAAGAAAUGGCACUAAUGUGGGAAAACACUCUUUCAGAAACAUUAUCAAAAAUUCAUACGAAUAAUAUUAAAAUUUUUAAAUUUCUGAGUCAGUCAAUCAAUAAUGAAAUUAACCGAAAUGGAGAAAGUAUUUUGUUUAUUAUGGUAAUUGUUGCUCCAGUUAUGUUGUUAUUUUCGGCAGUUUCUUGUUUAUCGACUGAUACUCUGCUUAGUAAGCCUUGGUUGGGUAUUGCCGGCUGUGUAUCACCUUUUUUAGCCUCUGUUGCAGCAUUUGGACUGUUAACUUAUUGCAAAAUGGAGUAUGUCACAUUGAACGUUAUGAUUAUUUUCCUGGUAUUAGGUAUUGGAAUAGACGAUGCAUUUAUAUUGAUAGCUGCGUGGAGAAGAACUGACGUUAACGCUUCUGUUCCAGAUAGAAUGAAAGAAGCGUACACAGAAGCUGCUGUCUCUAUCACUAUUACGUCUCUGACCAACUUUUUUGCCUUUUGUAUGGGAUUUGUUACACCAUACAAAUGUAUUCAUAUAUUCAGCGCGUAUGCAGCUCUAGCAAUCAUUUUCGAUUAUGUUUAUCAAUUAUUGUUUUUCGGUGGCCUCAUGGCUUUAGACGGAUACAGAGAGAAACAUGAGCUGCAUUGUGUCUUCUGUUGGCCAAUUAAACGAAAUCAUCAGAAAAUUGAAAAUAGCAAAAUACUUACGUCAAGAAGCAAAAAGGAAGGAAAUAUCUUCAUGGCAUUUUUUGGCAAUGUUUUAGGUGAAAUGCUCGGAAAACCAAUCGUUAAAUCUGUCGUAAUUGUCUUAUACUUGAUUUAUAUAGCAGGUGCAAUAUAUUGUAUGCGAUUCAUUCGAGAGGGAGACGACUUAGUUAUAUUUUUUCCCCACAUUUCUUAUAUGUUUGAAUAUGUAAAUGUUGAAAAUAAGUAUUUUUCUAAUUACAGUCAUCAAGUGCAAGUAGUUAUUAACCAGACACUAGACUACUCGAAUGUAACUGUCCAAAAUGACAUAGAAGAUCUUAUGCAAAGUUUCGAAUCCGCACCUUUCAUGUCUGAUUCGUCGACCACAGAAAGUUGGCUGAGAGAAUUUCUGGCAUUUACUAAAUCUCCAGUUGCAAAGUUUUCACUUUCUGGUUACAAUCUGAGUGAUUCUGACGAAUUUCUGAGUGCAUUUAAAAACGUGUUUUUGAAAAUGAAAAUAGCAACCAGGUUUAAAAAUGAUAUUAUUUUUAAUAAAGAAGGUGAUAAAAUUACUUAUUCGAGAUUUCAUAUAUCCAGUUAUGAUCUAAAAAUUGGAAUUGAUAGAAGAUCAUUUCUUGAAAACGCAAGAAGAAUUGCCGAUAACAGUAAAAUUCCUGUAAUUGUAUAUAAUUUUAGAUUUUUGUAUUAUGACGUCUAUGUUGAUAUUAUUUCAAAAUGUAUAACAGCUGUCUGUUCUGCAGCGGCAAUAGUGAUUUUAGUGUGUUUUUUAUUUACUCCGAAUAUAUUGUUUCUUCUGUCUAUUACCGUAAGUGUUAUUUCUACUCAGAUUGGUUUGAUUAGUUACAUGUCUUUAUGGAAUGUGACUGUAAACCCACCCUCAGUAUUAACAUUAGUGAUGAGUACGGGAUUUUGUGUAGAUUAUGCAGUUCAUACUGCUUAUGCAUUUAUCAACUGCAAAAAGAAAACACCUAACCAGAAAAUUAAAAGUUGUUUAUAUUCUGUUGGUUAUCCUGUUUUACAAGGAUGUGUAACUACCGUUUUGGGUGUUUCGGUAGUGUAUUUCGGCCCCGCUGAAGCAUUUGUAAUAUUUUUUAAAAUUAUAACAUUAAUGGUUAUUUUUACUUCAUUUCAUAGUCUUCUGUUAUUGCCUGUAAUUCUCGGCUUUUUCGAUUAUAUUCUGCUGUCUUUUAUUAAGAAGAAAAAGAAUAAGUUUGAGUGCAGGGGAGGUGAUAUAAACGAACUGAAUGUUUUGAAAUGUAAAAAUAUCGCAGAAAAUUAAAAUUAAGAGGUUACAGUAAAUUCAUAAACAUAUUGAAAUAGAAUUCACAAACAUUUGUAUUCGGUUUAUGUUGUUCAUGUGUUUAACAGAAUGUUAGUGUGCAGUUUACAAACAUGUUUUAGUAACUUAUAGCUUAUGUAACACAACAAUCUUAAUGUAGUACAUUUGAAAAAAC